AUGAUCCGCGACCCAUUCGGCAUCCACAGCAAAAACGCAUUCAAGGCCACAGCGCUCCGAGCGGCGCGCGACAUCAAGGAGGCGGCGACGCAGGCGGGCGCAAAUGCUCUAGAAAUGUCCUUUUCCCUGCCGAAACACGUGCCCGACUUUGGGGACCCGAGCCGGGCGCUCGAGGACCGCGCCUGGGCGGCUCUCCUGCCCAUGUACAAGGACAAGCCGUACGCCUAUGCGCCGUCGAUGCGGCUGCGUCCCUGGUGGCGGCGCAGGAAGGUGCUGGGCAUGAUUGCGGCGGCCGUCAUGUUUGUGCUGUAUGUCACGGGCUUCUUUUCGUCGGGCCAGACCGAGGAGGCGAAGAAGAAGGCUUCCGGGUCGGCAUUUUCCUGGUUGGGCUUGUCGCAGGAGAGAGGCGGUGUCGACUGGGACGAGCGGCGGAAGAGCGUGGUGGAGGCCUUCGAGGUGAGCUGGGACGCCUACGAACGCUAUGCCUGGGGCAAGGACGAGUUCCACCCGAUAUCGAAGAAUGGCAGAAACAUGGCUCCAAAGGGCCUUGGAUGGAUCAUCAUCGACUCGUUGGAUACCAUGAUGCUGAUGAACCAGACAACACGACUGCAACACGCACGAGAAUGGAUCUCCACGUCCCUGACAUGGGACCAAGACCAAGACGUCAACACGUUCGAAACCACGAUUCGCAUGCUGGGUGGACUUCUCUCUGCCCACUACCUCUCUACCGAAUUUCCGGAGCUUGCACCCCUGACCGAGGACGACGAGGGGGCACCCGGCGAGGAUCUAUAUCUCGAAAAGGCCAAGGACUUGGCUGACAGGCUGCUCUCUGCAUUUGAAUCAGAAUCCGGCAUUCCCUAUGCCAGCGUCAACAUUGGAGAGUACAAGGGACUGCCGUCGCAUUCCGACAAUGGAGCGUCGUCCACGGCCGAGGCCACCACCCUUCAGCUCGAGUUCAAGUACCUGGCCAAGCUAACGGGCGAGAAGAACUUUUGGGACAAGGUCGAAAAGGUCAUGGAAGUAGUUGACGACAACCAGCCGGAAGACGGCCUCGUUCCCAUCUACAUCUACGCCACGACGGGCGAGUUCCGCGGCCAGAACAUCCGCUUGGGAAGCAGGGGUGACUCUUAUUAUGAGUACCUCAUCAAGCAGUACCUUCAGACGAACAAGCAGGAGCCCAUCUACGAAGAGAUGUGGGACGAGGCUCUUGCGGGCGUGCGAAAGCACCUGGUCACGUACACUGAGCCUUCCGAAUUCACCAUCAUCGCCGAGCGCCCAGAUGGCUUGGAGCACCCCAUGUCGCCCAAGAUGGACCACCUGGUCUGCUUCAUGCCGGGGACCAUUGCUCUGGCUGCCACCGGUGGGCUCACCGAGGCGGAGGCGCGGAAGCUGUCGACCUGGAACAAGAAGAAGGACGACGACAUGCAGCUGGCGAGGGAGCUCAUGCACACCUGCUGGGGCAUGUACAAGUACAUGAAGACGGGCCUGGCGCCCGAAAUCAUGUACUUUAACAUCCCCAACCCUCCGCCGGAGUCAUCGGCACCGCACCAGGCGCCGGCCGCGUUCGACGAGGAUCCGCACGCCGAGUGGCGCAAGGACUUUGUGGUGCACUCCAACGACGUGCACAACCUGCAGCGGCCGGAGACGGUGGAGAGCCUGUUUUACAUGUGGCGGAUCACGGGGGACGUCAAGUACCGCGAAUGGGGGUGGGACAUGUUCAAGUCGUUUGUCAACUACACCGCGGUGGAGGACCAGGGAGGCUUCACGAGCCUGCUGGAUGCCAAUUCGAUUCCGCCGACGCCCAAGGACAAUAUGGAGAGUUUCUGGCUGGCCGAGACGCUGAAGUACAUGUACCUGCUCUUCUCGCCCAACGACGUAUUGCCACUGCACAAGAUUGUGCUCAACACGGAGGCUCACCCGUUUCCGCGGUUUGACAUGGGGCCGCUGUUUUCUACGGGGUGGAAGCGAAAGCCCCGGGAUGGGAGUGCCAAGAAGAAGGCGACGACGGCGGCGACGACGGACGCUGAAUGA